AUUUCUCUCCGUUAGUUUUUCCGACCCAUUCUCGUCACUGGCGCUCUCUCUCUCUCUCUCUCUCUCUCUCUCUCUCUCUCUCUCUCCAUUUUCCGGGUCGUUAUGCUUUUCGGUCACCGGUAGUGACAGGAACUUUCCGGUGGUGGUCAGGGAGAAUGGAAAGUAAGCAUUACUUGUAUGUCGACAAUCCUUUCAAGGGAAAUCAUCUUAGAAAGAUUGAAGUUGAACAAGAGUGUAAAGUUAGGGUCCUGUCUCGUUUUUUUCAUAAAGUCGAAGAGUGUAAAGUGGAGCAUAUUCCACAGAGGGUCGUGUCUCGUUCUACGAAGAGCAUUGAAGAUUUAGAUCAGUAUAGGUAUCAGAGUGAAAAAGUGUCAAGUCUCAGAGAGUGUGUUAAUAAGAGAGAACAUGAAGGAACGGAUUCAUAUCCUCUUCCUCCUAAGAUUCCCAAAGACUCUCGAAAGAGGCCGAAAGUUGAAAAGCCUAGGAAAUCCAAAAGAAAAACUAAACCUUUUCUUAAGGCUGAUAGAUGCAGGGAGGCUUACAAAAGGAAAACACUUGAUAAUAACUGGGUGCCUCCACGUUCUACACCUCCUCUCGUUGAAAAGCCUCUCCUUCAAGAGGAUCAUUUCCAUGAUCCAUGGAGGGUGAUUGUUAUAUGUAUGCUACUGAACCGCACUAAAGGUCAACAGGCAGAAAAAGUUUUAGCAAACUUUUUUAAGUUAUGUCCAAACGCUGAAACUUGCAUGCAAGUACCAAAAGUGGAAAUACAAGAGGUAAUUAAGACAUUAGGUCUUCAAGUGAAAAGGUCAGAAAGUUUGCAACGCCUUUCUCGUGAAUACUUAGCCGGGACUUGGACUUAUGUUACUGAACUGCACAGUGUUGGCAAGUAUGCGGCGGAUGCAUAUGCUAUAUUUUGCACGGGCAAGUGGGAUGAAGUUGUACCCGAUGAUCACAAGCUGAACAAAUAUUGGAAUUUCCUUCACAGCAUAAAGGAUACAUUGUGAACAUCACAAGAUUCCCAGUGUAUUUAUCUACAUUAGUAUACAUAAUAUUAUGGUAUAUAUUUCCUUUAAUGGUCGACUACUUAAAGUGAGGCAUGAUAGUUUUUUUGUGACAAAAAGCCAAUAUGUAUUUCAAAUGUUGCAGUGGUUUAAUCAAAGCUCUGACAUAUAUGUUGGAGGAUACAUUCCUACUAACAUUGGAUUUUGGGAUGUUAUAUCAAUUUACUCUAAUUGAAAUAUUUGUGAACAUGUUUUGCAAUCUGGUUA